ACAUGUAAAGCUUGCUUUUAUAGUCAUCUUCUUUCUAGGUCUGGCUCGUUCGUCGCUUGGCUGCCCACUAUAGCCAACAGGGUGAUCAAAAUGUACGAGACGGGCGAAGUGGCUGAUAUGAAUCUCUGUGGGAUCCUUAACGCAGACAUCGAGAUGGUUGUAGAUCCGGAUGCCACGCCGUGCGCUAUGAACACAAUGUCGCUCCUCAUGGUGCUAGCUGUCGGCGUUCUACAGUGUAUUCUCAAUUUAUUUAUCACACUCGUGGUAGUGAACCGUGCUGGCCGCCGAAACACCGUCAUGAUGAUCACCGCUCUUCUGGGCCUGUGUGGGAUCCUUGUCAACGUGGUACCCAACACUGUGGGGACCUCGGUGCUGUUUGCAGCUUUUCUUUUAGGCUACGUCGUUAUGGGAUUGUAUACUGCUAUCGCUGUUGCCCUGUUCCCGACUCAUUUGAGAGCAAUGGCGAUAGCUGUCACGACGACGGCUGGCAACAUUACCACCUUCGCCUGUAUCCAGCUUGUCAACUUUCUGGUCUCCACGCGCUGCGAGCUCGGAUUUUAUCUCUUGGCCUCCAUCUUUGCUUCAACGGCCAUCAUCGCAUCAUUCGUCCCUGACGACCGAUUUCUGCAGAUGCCUAGCCACCCGAAUUACAGGAAAGCAUCGGUCUACACGGAGAGAUUGUGA